AUGUCUUUGAAACAAGAGUCACCGUCCUUUGCUCGCUCAACGAGAGCAUCCCGCGUCCGGGAAUCACCGAAGCCAGUGUCCACAACACGCACUGUUCCGUCAUCCCCCUCCGCCAACAGCACCGCCAAUGGAUCAAGGAUUGUCGUCGUUGAUGGAAAGUCAUACGUCUACCGCAACGGCGAGCUCACAAUGAUGAGCUUCGGCUAUCUCGUGUCUACCAAGUCUGCAAUCAACAAGUUCGGCCACUUCGAGCGCCGCAGAGAGGAACGUUCCGGGGUUUGCCAUCCCGCAUUUGCAGAGCCAGAGCCUUGGGACUUCUCUUGCUAUGUGGAGCCUAAAGCCGUCAGCGAGGAAUGCUCUCAACCAGCGAAGUCGACGCAGAUCAUCUCACAGGCGGAAUUUGAUGACGGAAUCGAGCGGAAGGGCAUCGCACUACGAACGCAGUUGCGUCUCGAUGGCUGGGCGUGGGAGCCCGCCAACAUCGUCGUCAUAGACCAUGAUGAGCUAUUCGACAUUCUGUGGAAAGCCGAGAGGUUGGCAAAGCGAUGUCUUUGGAGGUGGCUCCGUACCAACCGUCCGAGAGAAUGCGAAUGGUACGGGAUCCAUUACUUGUCCGACAUGGACCUUGGUCGGGACAGACUGAACUUGCUGACCUUUGGCGAUGCGGAAUUUUUACAAUUACCGGUGGACGACGUCGCAUUCCACCACUUCAACGGCCACGGAUUCAGGAUGGCACACGUCGACAAGCAUCUGUACGAUGUUCAGAGGCUUGGUUUCCUCCUCUACGACGAAGAAACAACUUUAAGUGCCAGGAGUCUCAGGCACAGGCUCCGCACAAAGGCUGAAGGGGAGUACCCAUGGCAACCUCAUCACGUUGAACUGUUCAAGAGGGCCCUUAUGAGGCUUUGUGAAGGCGACGACGACCGUGUUCGCCGCCAGUACUCGCCAGCGAUUAUCGGGGCCAUGGAGGAAUAG